GUCAGGUCUAGCUGUUUUGGUUGGAGUCUGUCUGUAAAUGCUCUCAGCAAGAAGCCACCAACGUACGUGCAUGGAAGUUAAAGCGUCAAGGUUCAAGGUUCAUGGUUCAUGACCAUGCACUACAUUAUUGAUUAAACAGGCUGAGAUCAGUUCAGUUUAACCACAUUUGCACACACACACACACAUGAAUCUGACUGCACAGAGCCACAGUAUCCCUCUCAGUGAUGGAAACCGUAUUCCACUGCUGGGGCUCGGCACCUAUGGGGACCCUCGAACGACACCCAAAGGCACAGCACUUGAGUGUGUUAAGCUGGCCAUAGAUGUUGGUUAUAGGCACUUUGACGGGGCACUGGUGUAUUUCAAUGAGCACGAAGUGGGUCAGGCCAUUAGAGAGAAGAUUGCUGAUGGAACCGUUAGAAGAGAGGACAUCUUUUACUGCGGGAAGCUCUGGAAUACCUUCCAUCCACCAGAGUUGGUGAGACCAGCUUUGGAGAGGACACUGAAAGCCUUAAAACUCGACUAUGUGGAUCUCUACAUCAUUGAGCUUCCUAUGGCCUUCAAGCCUGGAAAAGAGUUCUAUCCAAAACGCCCGGAUGGAAAAUACAUCUACCACCACACAGACCUCUGUGCAACGUGGGAGGCUUUAGAGGCUUGCAAAGACGCAGGACUUGUUAAGUCUCUGGGGGUCUCCAACUUCAACCACAGACAGCUGGAGCUGCUGCUGAAUAAACCUGGCCUCAAACACAAACCUGUAUCCAACCAGGUUGAAUGCCAUCCAUAUUUCACACAACCCAAGCUUCUGGAGUACUGUCGCCAGAAUGACAUUGUGAUUGUUGGCUACUGCCCAGUUGGCUCCUCCAGAGAUGCAUCCUGGGUGAAUGUAAAAUGUCCUCCCCUGCUGGAGGAUGAGCUGCUUGUAUCAAUUGGCAAAAAGUACAACAAGAGUAGUGCCCAGGUGGCUUUGCGCUUCAAUGUCCAGAGAGGAGUUGUAGUGAUCCCCAAGAGCUUCAGUCCCGAGAGGAUCAAACACAACUUCCAGAUAUUCGAUUUUUCACUCACUGAGGAAGAAAUGAAAGCCAUUGAAGCACUGAACAAAAAUAUUCGCUUUGUGGAGCUGCUAAUGUGGAGUGACCAUCCAGAGUACCCAUUUCAUGAUGAAUAUUAGAUAUUUUCAUUUUUUGUGAUGUACAUCGUUUCUCAACUUAAGCUUUUUACACAAAUAAUUGCUAGGAUGUUUACCCUGCAUCUUUUUCACUUUUGAAGGUUUGUACUGAUGCACUUCCACAGCAAACACUAGAGGGCUCUAGCUCACAGUGAAAGAAGAAGACAAAGGUUAAAAAAUAGAUAAAAGAAGGUUUUCAAGAAUAACAUAAAGCUUUGAUGUGAAAUGGAUAACUGUAUAUUUUUUGCAUGUUAAUUUCAAAUGAGUCUUACAUGAAGCAUGUGUAAUACUGAGAGGGAGUUGUUAGUUUCAACUGAUUUGAAAUGGACUGAUGCAACUGCUGCUACAAAUAAAGUUUCAUUUGAAUAUCAGA